AUGGAAACACCAAAACGAACAAUAGCUAUGUGUGAUACAUCAUCAACUUUAGCUGAAUCAUCUGGCGGUCUUGCAUUUGAAGUAAAAUUAGCUGACUCACCACGUCAUGGAAUUAGUCAACCACCAGUUCAUUUUCUUUCACCAAGUGCAAAAAAUAAUCAAAAUGAUUUAACAACACCAUUAACACCGGAAAGUAUAACGGAAAAAUUAAAACGUGCUGAAGAACGUCGACUUAGUCUUGAACAACUUCGUGCUACAUUACUUGCAGCAGAAAAUAAUCGACCUGUUGAAAUUAGUAAAAUAAAAGAUCAACAAGCUGAAGAAUUUAAAAAACAAACAGAAGAAAAAUUACAAAAAAAACUUGAAUCAGCUAAAGAAAAUCGUGAACGUGUUUUACAAGCUAAAGUUGAUAAAGCUAAAGCACCCAUUGAAAAAGGUUUUGCUAUUGUUCAUCAAAAUCUAGCUAAACUCGAAGAAGAACGACAAUUAUUACAAGAAAAAAUUAAUCAAAAAUUAAAUACAGCUGAAACAAAUCGACAAGAGCAGUUAGAUCGUUUAAUGGAAAAAUUAAAUGAACAUGAUAAAAAAAUUGAAGCUAUUAAAAGCCAAACAAAAAUUGAUACAAAUACAAAUGAAGAAAAAGAUUAA